CGCUUCCUGUCCGCUUCUCUGCGCCGCCUCACGCUGCCUGCCUGGGACGCACCUCGACCCCCGGGCCCCCUCGCUGUCCCCGGCAGCGCCCCCGGCCCCAUGCAAUCCCGGCUCCUACUCCUCGGGGCACCCGGAGGCCACGGCGGCCCGGCCUCGCGGCGCAUGCGGCUGCUUCUGCGGCAGGUGGUGCAGCGCAGGCCGGGUGGCGACGGGCAGCGGCCAGAGGUCAGACUGGUGCACGCCGGCUCGGGGGCCGACACAGGUGAUACAGUUAAUAUUGGAGAUGUAUCCUACAAAUUGAAAAUUCCUAAGAAUCCAGAACUUGUGCCACAGAACUACAUUUCAGACUCCCUGGCUCAAUCUGUAGUUCAGCAUCUAAGAUGGAUAAUGCAGAAGGAUCUUUUGGGGCAAGAUGUCUUUCUAAUAGGACCUCCUGGGCCUCUUCGACGCUCUAUUGCUAUGCAGUACUUGGAGCUGACCAAACGGGAGGUCGAAUACAUUGCCCUUUCAAGGGACACCACUGAAACUGAUCUCAAACAGCGACGAGAGAUCCGUGCAGGCACAGCUUUUUACAUUGAUCAGUGUGCAGUUCGUGCAGCCACAGAAGGCAGAACCCUCAUUUUGGAAGGUUUGGAAAAGGCAGAGAGGAAUGUUUUGCCUGUUUUGAACAACUUGCUGGAAAACAGAGAGAUGCAGCUUGAAGAUGGACGCUUCCUGAUGUCUGCUGAGCGUUACGACAAACUUCUCCAAGAUCAUACCAAAAAAGAAUUGGAUUCUUGGAACAUUGUCCGAGUUAGUGAAAAUUUCCGAGUAAUCGCCUUGGGCUUGCCAGUGCCAAGGUAUUCUGGGAAUCCAUUAGAUCCCCCUCUUCGUUCUCGAUUUCAAGCCAGGGAUAUUUAUUAUUUACCUUUCAAGGACCAACUUAAGUUGUUAUAUUCAAUUGGAGCCAAUGUUUCUGCUGAGAAAGUUUCUCAGCUCUUGUCCUUUGCUACAACUCUGUGUUCCCAAGAAUCUUCUACUCUUGGACUUCCAGAUUUUCCUUUAGACAGUUUAGCAGCUGCAGUUCAAAUCUUGGAUUCCUUUCCUAUGAUGCCAAUCAAACAUGCAAUCCAGUGGCUUUAUCCGUAUAGUAUUUUACUAGGUCACGAAGGGAAGAUGGCUGUGGAAGGUGUUUUAAAGCGCUUUGAACUUCAAGAUUCAGGAAGCUCUCUGCUUCCUAAAGAGAUUGUAAGAGUAGAGAAGAUGAUGGAAAACCAUGUGUCCCAAGCUUCUGUGACCAUCCGGAUUGCAGAUAAAGAGGUGACCAUUAAGGUGCCAGCUGGGACCAGGCCAUUAAGUCAACCUUGUGCAUCAGACCGUUUCAUACAGACUUUGAGCCAUAAGCAGCUACAGGCUGAAAUGAUGCAGUCUCACAUGGUUAAGGAUAUAUGUUUAAUUGGAGGAAAGGGCUGUGGAAAAACAGUGAUCGCCAAGAACUUUGCUGAUACCUUAGGAUACAACAUAGAACCUAUUAUGCUCUAUCAGGAUAUGACAGCACGUGAUCUGCUACAGCAGAGAUACACCCUUCCAAAUGGAGACACUGCCUGGCGGUCCUCACCCCUUGUGAAUGCUGCUCUGGAAGGCAAGCUGGUCCUGUUGGAUGGCAUUCACCGGGUGAAUGCGGGCACACUCGCUGUAUUGCAAAGGUUAAUCCAUGAUCGAGAGCUAAGCCUCUAUGAUGGUUCUAGGCUGCUGAGAGAAGACAGGUAUAUGCGUUUAAAAGAGGAGCUGCAACUGUCUGAUGAACAGCUACAGAAGAGAUCCAUUUUUCCAAUCCAUCCCUCCUUCAGAAUCAUCGCCUUGGCAGAACCCCCUGUUAUCGGAAGCACAACACACCAGUGGCUGGGACCAGAAUUCUUAACCAUGUUCUUUUUCCAUUACAUGAAACCACUUGUGAAAAGUGAAGAAAUCCAAGUGAUUAAGGAAAAGGUCCCAAAUGCACCUCAGGAAACUCUGGAUAAAUUAUUAUCAUUUACACACAAACUCAGAGAAACACAAGAUCCAACGGCACAAUCAUUAGCGGCCUCACUUUCUACCAGACAACUGUUGCGAAUUUCUCGUCGGCUGUCACAGUAUCCUAAUGAAAAUCUUCACAGUGCUGUUACUAAAGCCUGCCUUUCCAGGUUUUUACCCAGUCUUGCUAGGUCAGCAUUAGAAAAAAAUCUGGCAGAUGACACAAUAGAAAUAAAUACCGAUGACAAUUUGGAGCCAGAACUGAAGGAUUACAAAUGUGAAGUAACAUCUGGAACUCUGAGGAUUGGUGCUGUUAGUGCUCCGAUCUAUAAUGCGCACGAGAAAAUGAAAGUGCCUGAUGUUCUUUUCUAUGACAACAUUCAGCACAUGAUAGUGAUGGAAGACAUGCUGAAAGACUUUCUCCUUGGAGAACACUUAUUAUUGGUUGGCAACCAG